UCUAAUUGUUUACCUCUGUCAUCUGUGAUAUUAACGGAUUGAGUAAAUAGAAAAAUACAAAAAUACUUCAUUAAAUAUGUCUCUUUACGAUGAUUAUGAUGUAAAAUCCGCAGGAUCUGAGAAGGUACAAGGUUGGUCAUCAAGUAUCAAACUUCUCCAGUCCCAACUUCAGUUGAAAAAAGCCACGGUCACGCAACCAAAAAGAGACCAAAUUCGUAAGACAGUGAGUCUAGCACCCGUUAUUGACUUGAAAUCAAAACGUGAGGAUGACGAUUUUUCUCCUUUCCUCAAGUCAAAGGCAGAGUCGAGGCUCCCUAUUAUUAGCUCGGCCAUAUAUAGCAGUGAAUAUGACUGGAACGUCAUAGAUGAAUAUGAUCCCUUAUGGCCAAAUGAAUACGAAAAAGUUGUUAAGGAUCUAAGAGAUCAUCAUCACAGGGAUGGUAGUCGUGACAUUCGAGAAUCAACCCGUGAUACUAGGGAAGGCCGAGAUAGACCAAGUGAAAAGGAAGAAAAAAGGAGAGAGAAGAAAAGAAAAAGUCGUUUCAGUGAUCCAGAGGAAAGUAUGUCACCUCCACCUGGACUUGUCACUGUACCUCAGAUGAGUCAGCCACCUGUUGGUAGUGGCUUUGCAGGAAGAUGGACUGAAGAAGACGAGGAACCUCCCAUUCAAAAACCCGCUAGACCAUCUGGAGGGGUUGCAAUUGCUCCUCCUCCAAGUCUACAAGAACCGUCAGAGUCUGUUCCCAUCUUUCCCAACAAACCCCAGCCUACAUCUUCUUAUGGAGGGUCUGUAGCUGCAAAGAUAAUGGCUAGGUAUGGAUUCAAAGAAGGACAAGGUUUAGGCAGAAUGGAACAAGGAAUGUCUAGUGCAUUGCAAGUGGAGAAAACAUCAAAACGAGGUGGAAGAAUCAUACAUGAGAAGGAAAUAAUGCUGCCACCUCCUACUAUAGCUGAGACUUCUCCGCCAAGUGCUCAACAUCCUCCCAUUACGGAAAUUAUGAAAAACCCCAGCAAGGUUGUUUUAUUGAAAAAUAUGGUGGGUCCUGGAGAGGUAGAUGACGAUCUUGAACCUGAAGUCAAAGACGAAUGCAACACCAAGUAUGGCCCUGUGGCAAGUGUCAUAAUCCAUGAAAUACCCCAUGACGAUCCGACAGAAGCAGUAAGGAUAUUCGUGGAGUUCUUGAGAAUAGAAAGUGCUAUCAAAGCAGUGGUGGACUUGAAUGGUCGGUUUUUUGGUGGACGACAAGUUAAAGCUGGAUUUUAUGAUACUGAUAAAUUUGAUAACUUGCAGUUGAUGGAUUAAAUUAUUAUUGAUUUUUGUUCAUUUCGAAAUUUGAGAACCAAUUUACUGAUAAGAUCGUGGAAUAUAUCAGUAUAUGAAAGUGAUUUCAAGAUAAAUAUAUUUUAUUCAUUACAAA